AUGGGUGACAAUAGUUUAUCCAAUGAAGCCAUCACUGCCGAUAAUAUUUUGAAGGAUGCCUUUAGCCAAAAGAAGCAGAUUGCAGCUACUACGAAGGCAGAUAUAUUAGAUUUGGAAGAACUGAAAGACUGGCAACGAAGGAAAAGAACAGAGUAUGAGACAGUUUUGAAAAGAAAUAGGUUAGACCUUCGUCAAUGGAUGAGGUAUGCUCAAUUUGAAUUUGAUCAGAAAGAUAUACGAAGAGCUAGGUCCAUUUAUGAACGCGCUCUUCUUGUUGAUCAUGGGUUUAUUCCACUAUGGAUUCAAUACAUCGACAGUGAAAUCAAAUGGAAAAAUAUCAACCAUGCAAGGAACUUGUUAGACAGAGCAACAAACGCUCUUCCUCGUGUUGAUAAGCUCUGGUUCAAAUAUCUUUUAUUGGAAGAAUCUUUGGGAAAUCAGGGUAUUGUACGAGGCAUUUAUACAAGAUGGUGUUCAUUUGAACCUGGUCCCGAUGCAUGGGACUCCUUCAUCGAGUUCGAAACAAGGUGCUUGAAUUUUGAAAAUGUCAGGAACAUUUACUCGAAGUUUGUUCUAGUCCAUCCUCAAAUAGAUACCUGGUUGAAAUGGGUUCGUUUUGAACAAACUCAUGGAGAUAUAUCAUCCGUACGAACAGUGUUCUCAUUCGCGCUAGACACACUCACAAGUUUCAGCGGAACACCACUGGUAGAUAUUGAACGAGUUAUUGGUAGCUUCGCUUCCUGGGAAGCUUCUCAGGGAGAGUAUGAACGAUCUAGAACGUUAUACCGACUAGCAGUUGAAAGAUGGCCAAUUUCUGAAGCAUUAAAGGAACAGCAGAUUCAGUUCGAGAAGAAGUUCGGCUCUUCGAAAAAUAUGGAGGACAUAGUAAUCGCUAAAAGGAAAGCCGAGUACGAGCAAUAUCUAAAAUCAGAUCCCUAUCAUUAUUCUACUUGGUGGGUCUAUAUUGACCUGGUUGAGGAAAAAUAUCAAGAGCAAUUGACAUCAGCUUUCCAGUCGUUCAUUGAAUUGGCAAAGCCGAAGUCCCUGGUAAAGGAUUCGAGCUGGAAGAGGUACAUAAGAAUCUGCGUACGAUACUUGGUCUAUCUAGAGCUCACCAUUAAUGAUUUGCCUACGAUACGCUCGGUUUAUCAAGACAUCCUCGACAUCAUUCCACAUAAGAAGUUUACAUUCGGUAAACUGUGGAUAAUGUAUGCAGAAUUCGAAAUUAGGCAGAACAACUUGCUGAAAGCAAGAAAAAUUCUGGGUGUGAGCUUAGGAAAGUCCCCCAAGCCAAAAGUGUUUAAAUAUUACAUCAAUUUGGAGAUAAGGCUAAAAGAGUUUGAUAGAGUGAGAAAGCUAUACGAGAAAUACAUCGAUUUCAAUCCUAGUUCAGUGCAAUCAUGGUUGGAUUAUGCAGAAUUAGAAGAAAAUUUAGGAGAUGAAGAUAGAUCAAGAGGGAUCUAUGAUAUCUCCAUGAGCAAUAAUGUUGGAUUAUCUGAAUCGGACCAGCUGAUUGUCAUUCAGCGCUAUAUCGCUUUUGAAACUGAUGCAGCAGAAUAUGAAAAGGCUAGAGAGUUGUACGAGAAGUAUUUGAUUUUGAGUAGAUAUGACGUGAACAUAUGGAUAAACCAGGCGCUUUUCGAGAGCACUAUUCCAACUGAGACCCAACUAAUAGCCUAUCAACAAUCUCAUCAAGACGGGAAUUUUGACGACGAUGGCGAAGAGGAGUUCAGUUUUGAAAUUACACCUGAGAAUAAGCAUCACACCAGGGCUAUUUUUGAGAAGGCAAUUUCAUAUUUCAAAGAACAUAAUGAAGAUAAGAAACGCCAGCAAGUUUUACAAUCUCUCCUGGAGUAUGAGAAAGUUCAUGGUAAUCAAGAAACUUUGGAAAAGGUCAAUGCUAGACAACCAAGUUUGGUUAGGGAAAAAGUUACUAUCGAUAACAUUGAGCAAGAGUCAUAUAAAUUGGAUUUUCCGGACGAUCGUGUUGCUCAACCUCCUAUUGCUCGAAAUCUUCUAGCUUUGGCAAAACAAUGGGAGAAAAAUUCCAGCUGA